GGUAAGGGUGUUUUGUUGUCUUGGAUAUGCUUGGCGGGAGCGAAGGGUUACACUGGGAAAGCUUGUCGACGGCUAUUCUGCGUUUUUGGUAACUCGAGCUGAGUGAGGUAUGUGGCUUGGUAUGGAUGUGUUGGACUUGGUUGCCUAAUCGUGUUCGGGAGAGGAAAAUGCCGGACUGUGUGGACGCAACGACGCGUUCGUUCGUUUGUUUCGCACGUCUUCACUUCAGCCACCCUCUCUAUCCACUCCAGACACGAUCCAGCUUCAUUACGCAAACACACGCACAUACGCUCGCGUAGACAAUCCCAUCAAACAUCCUCGGCUCCACCAUGACCCCUCCCAACCCCUACGGCACCGGCAAGCUGAACCACAUCGGCAUCAAAGUGCCCAGCGAGCUGUACGAGCAGACCGUGGCAUUGUACCUCGCCAUACUCACGCCGCUAGGCUACACUAAGCAGAUGGACUUUGGCGUCGCCGUCGGGUUCGGCAUAGGCGCCGACGGACCGUCGGAUUUCUGGGUCAGUGUGGCGAAGGAUGCGAGUCAGGAGACGCGUGGGUUGCACUUGGCCUUUACGGCAGAAACGAGGGAGCAGGUUCGAGUUUGGUAUGAGGCGGCGAUUGGGGCUGGGGGGAAGGAUAACGGUCCGCCUGGGCUGAGGCCGAUGUAUCACGAGGACUAUUAUGGGGCUUUUGUGUUUGAUCCUGUUGGGAACAACAUUGAGAUUGUGGAUCACAAGCCGUAUCCUAAGGAAUGAAGCAUCUCGUGUAGAGACGCAAUACUCAUUCAUUAUGUGAGGUUUGACGCCUGUUUCACUUCUGUACUGGGGACGAUUUACGAG